AUGGUUUCAAGAACAGUCAUGAUUGAUAACAACCUCGUGCCAAAUUAUCGAUUAUCAGCGUACAUUCUAAUCUGUAAAACACUGAAUCUCACUGGAGUCUUGUUUGUAGCGUUUUCUUGUCUACAACAACGAAGUGUUUCCAACGAUUCAUUUUGGCCUAUUCGUGUUAUGUGUAUCUUAGUCGUUGUUAAUCUAUUGGUGGAAUUGAUUCAUUUUGUGUUAAAUAAUUGCCUAUUUUACACAGCAACUUCGAUAAUCAUCAUUUUACAAGGUGCCAUGUAUAUCUGGACAAUCAUAAUUGUAUGUUGUGAGAUUGUCUUUACUAUUCAUAUUGCAUUCGAUGCGCCGAAGUCCUCCAUCGUUAAUUACAGUUUAGAAUAUUUCACUUGUUCCACAAUUCUCGGUGUUAUCGAAUGGCUUCUUUCAUUGAAACGAUUUAUAUCUGAUUGGUUUCAAGUUACUUAUAUACCAAAUAGCGAUUUCGCUAUAUCUCAUGAUGAUCCAAACAGAAAAUCUUGUUCGGAGCGUCGGUUUUCACCAAUAGCAGAAGAAAACGAUGUUUUCGGUUCAAUCGUUUGA